AUGGAAAAUCCAGUUAAGAUUUUAGUUAAAAAAGAAGAACUUACAUUAGAAGGUAUUAAACAAUUUUAUAUUGAUGUUGUUAAAGAUGAAUAUAAAAUUGAUACUCUCAUUGAUCUUUAUCAAGUUAUCUCUGUUAAUCAAUCAGUUAUUUUCUGUAACUCAAAGAAUAGAGUAGAAUGGAUUCAAAGAAGACUUCAAGCUCAUAACUAUCCAGUUUCAAUUACUCAUGGUGAUUUAACUAUGGAAGAAAGAAAUAAUGUUUUAAAUGAAUUUAGACAAGGUGCUACUAGAAUUCUUAUUACUACUGAUAUGUUAUCUAGAGGAAUUGAUGUCCAACAAGUUUCUCUUGUUAUUAACUUUGAUAUGCCUGUUUCUGAUGAAUCUUAUAUCCAUAGAAUUGGUAGAUCUGCUCGUUUCGGAAGAAAAGGUGUUGCUAUUGAUUUUAUUACUACUGAAGAAAUGGACACUAUCAAUAGACUCCAAAAGACUUAUGAAACUAAGAUCGUUCCAUUACCAAAGACUUUCAUGGAUUACCUUUAA